AUGAAUUACCCCAGACCGGGAGCUGAAUGGGACAGCAAGACGCCAGCAUCAACCAAGCUGCUUGUCCAGCAUCAGUCGGAGGCAGGGAGGGCUGCUCGAUCUCUCGCGGAGAUCGGAUGGCAUUAUCAGAUUGUACAAUUAUCUGGCGAAUUGCUCAACACAUUUGACAGAGGGGUGCAAGGGUCAGCCUCAGACACUGCGGACACCGUGCCAGAGCCCCAUCAUGCCCAGGACGACGGCGCUCGACCAGGCUUCCUCCUGGGAAUUGCCCACGACUCCAAUCUUGCCGCGGCCGUAGGGAGCCAGGACAGCGCAAGAGGCGAGGGGCUUGUGGCCCGCAGUCGGCAAGCAGUACCAAGCGUGCUCCGGCUUCGUGUUCUUUAUGAAGAAGGAAGUGGUGUGCAAAGCAGAUGGGAGAAUAGACUGGCCCUUCUUGAAGAUGUUCUCUUUAUUCUGGUAGACGGUGGUUCGGUAUUGUGGUCCAAUUUCCCAAUCGAGACCGGUGUCCUUGAAGAACCGCUUGACACGGCUGGGUUGCCCGCUGGCAAACAUGCCCAUGCAGAUAACGACUCCGCCAUUUGA